AUGGCGGACUUCAUGAAGCAAAUCUUGUCAAAACCCAUCCAAUUAGCAAAUCGGGUAAUAAAGCUUGCGAAUGAAGUCAAUUUCUUCAAAGAAGAGUGCGAUCAGAUCACGCACCAGACCAAGGAGCUUGAAGCAAUCUUCAAUCUUAUGGUAGCCCAAGGCAGAUCCGUCUCCUAUCAACGGCCGCUACAACGAACCGUCGCGGAGACCGAGCAAGUCCUUGACGGAGUCAUCUCUCUCAUCCUCAAAUGCCGCGGCGACGGAAUCAUGAAACGCGUCUUCACGGUAAUUCCUACAGCUGCCUUUCAGAAAACGUUAUCUCAACUAGAAAGUUCCGUUGACGACUUCACUCAAAUCCUACGGCUGUUAGAGUUCUUGGAUAAUCAUUCUUAUGAUCAUCUUGAUCAUCCAAGGUUUUUUAGCGUCCCUCAUAUAUCCUAUCAGGAUCCUGAUAUUUUAGCGUUAUGGGAACUUAUAGAAACUGGAGACCAUCGUUUGCAUUUGAAUUGGAUCGACGGUUAUCUGGAUGUGGUUGCUGCUAGUUUGAAAGCAACUUCAACUAAUCUUCAAUUUCAUAACAUCCUUUGGACAGUAUGGCCGCUAAUCGGCAACCUAUAUCAUACUCCGCAAGAUCGUCGAUCGUUCGGGGUAAAGUUGCUUUUGUUGGUUUCUCAACUCAGUGAGCAGCACAAGAAAGUGAUUAUAGAAGAAGGGGCGAUCUCACCGUUGCUGAAAUUGAUGGAAGAGGGCGGAAUUGAAGAUCAAGAAACGAUUGCUAAGGUAAUCGGAACAAUAGGAUACAAUUCGGAAAGUGUGAAUCGCAUGAUUGAUGCGGGUGUUUUCUUGAAAUUUGCUCAAGUUCUCAAAGAAAGUCCUAUGAGGGUUCAAGCUGAGGUAGCUUCGGCAAUUUCUGAAAUUGCAGCAAAUUGCCCUGAAUCUCAAGAUGUGUUUUUGCAGCGUGAUAUAGUUUACUUGCUCAUUAAACAUCACCUUUCGUUUGAGACAGUUCGACUCGAUCAGAAUGCCUUUGUUCUCAAUAAAGCCACAUCGGUUCUUUCGAUAGUAAUGGCAAGAAGUCGACUAGAUAGACGAAAGGAGAUGGAUGAAAGUGAUGACAACAAGAACCACAAUCAACUUCCAAGUCGACAAAAUCCUUCACUUAGGAGCACGAGUUUAAAGGGCUGGGAAAUCGAAGAGCCUGAUACGAAGCACCAAAUGCAAGCGAUGACAGCUAGAGCAUUGUGUAACCUUGUCAAGGGGAACAUGUCUAUUUGCCGUUGCGUUACAGAGUCGAGAGCUUUAAUGUGGUCCGUGAUGCUCUUGGAUAUCGGAACUGUAAUACCCCGAACAGAGGAUCUUCAAUAUCAUUCAGCUAUGACAUUGAUGGAGAUAGCAGCAGUAGCAGAGGAAGAUACAGAAUUGAGAAGAUCCACGUUCAAGCGUGGUUCGCCUGUUUUUAAAGCUUUUGUAGGCCGACUUAUGAAAACUAUUGAAAACCCGAAUUCCAACCUUCUCAUCCCAUCCAUCAAAGCUAUUGGAAACUUGGCAAAGACAUUCAGAAUGACAGAGGCAAGAGUAAUCGAUUUGUUGGUUAGACUUCUAAAUGCAACUAAAUCUGAAGUUUGGAACGAGGUGGUAGUUAGGAACGAGGCGGUAAUUUCUCUCACGAAGCUCGCUUGCCCCGAAAACUUUCUUCAUGUUGACUACUCCAAGGAAAUCAUUAGGGCCGGAGGAGUAAAGCUAUUGGCUGAGCUUGUACGUCGUGAUAUGCAACUCUCGGCUUUACUUCUCCUAUGCUAUCUUGCGUUAGAUGUACCGGAACAUAAUGCGCUAGCGGAGGCUAAUGUGCUUGCUGUUCUAGAAUGGGCAGCCAAGCAAGCUUCGAUUACUCAAGAAAAACCAUUAGACUCUCUACUAACAAAGGCUAAAAGUAGAUUAGAGUUUUGUAGAAAAUCUGAUGGAUACAACCAUUAA